GUCCUAUAGCUCGAUCUUCAUCGGCGUCUUCAAACAUAUGUCAAACAUCAUCGGCGGAGCUUUUUUCUUGGAUCGAGACUGCAGGGAAUUCCACCAUCUAAGUCGAGCGUCGUUCAUCCUCAGUCUACGAAUCAGGAGGAAAGUCUUUGUGCCAUUGGGUUGGAAGUUAAUCACAAUGUCCCUUCCAGAGAUGGAUCAAUAUUCAGAUGUCCAGGUUUACUUCACAGCCAAGGAAUGGGCAAAGAUCAGCGUUUAUGAGAGAACAUGUAUCAAGAAUGUCAAAGAAAACUAUGAGAUGAUGAUAAAUCUUGGAUUACAGGUAAAUCAACCAAAGUUCAUGCAACGUGUGCAAGUUAUAAAGAAAGAGAUCAAAGAGGAAAGUGAUGGAGGGGAGGAGGAAAUAGAGUCAAGAGGAUUACAGGUAAAUCAACCAAAGUUCAUGCAAUGUGUGCAAGUUAUAAAGGAAGAGAUCAAAGAGGAAAGUGAUGGAGGGGAGGAGGAAAGAAAGUCAAGAGGAUUACAGGUAAAUCAACCAAAGUUCAUGCCACGUGUGCAAGUUAUAAAGAAAGAGAUCAAAGAGGAAAGUGAUGGAGGGGAGGAGGAAAUAAAGUCAAGAGGAUUACAGGUAAAUCAACCAAAGUUCAUGCAACAUGUGCAAGUUAUAAAGAAAGAGAUCAAAGAGGAAAGUGAUGGAGGGGAGGAGGAAAGAAAGUCAAGAGGAUUAGAUGUCCGUUCAUCAGAGCUUUUGCAGCCUCAGCAAAGUGAAAAGAAACCGAUCCUCAAGGACUUGGGAAAUGGUGAUCUCCUUGAAUCAACAGACUUUGAUAAAUCCGUCCCAUCACACACCAAUCCAACAUCAUCAGGUGAUCAGGGUAGUCAAUCAGGUGAUCUCAACACCCAGUCAUGUGAUCAGAAGAAAAAACAAAUAGAGGGAGCUCAAGGAACUGACCAAACCCCCAAGCAGUCCCAGGGAACUUCAUUGGAAGACAAUGGACAAGGAACUGGACAGGGUGGAAAUCUUUCAGGUUCUGGGAUCUGCAGAUGCAAGUACUGUGGAUCUCCCUAUGCUAUUCCUCUCAUCUUAGCAAGGCAUCUCAAGUACAAACAUGGUCAUAAUGGUGGUAUUAUGGUACCAGAUUCAUCCCAUUCACGUUUUCUGCAGAUCAUCAGUGGAGAAAUACAAAACCCUCUUGAUAAACCCAAAGAGCCUUCACAUGAUGAAACAGGAAGUGCAAUGAAGACUAAAUAUGUAAUGUAUCUUAGGAAAUCGAGUGAAAAGCAAAAUCAGAAUUCUUACUUCUCCACACAAUGUGAGAAGGUAAUUAAUCAUCAAGUUGGGGAUGCCGUAGCAGGUGAAAGAAUUCAUACAGGUGAUCAGCGCUAUGUUUGUUAUUAUUGUGACAAAGCAUUCUAUGAUGCAAGUGCUCUCAAAGCCCAUGCACAAAUCCAUUAUGAAGUGCAUGUUUGUGAUUAUUGUGAUAAGACUUUCCAUUUUGCUUCCGCUCUUAAAGCACAUAGAUGUAAAAGAAUUCAUACAGGUGAGAAACCCUUUCAUACAGGUGAGAAACCCUAUGUAUGUGAUCAUUGUGGUAAGGCAUUUAUUCUACCAGGUCUUCUCCGCGCACAUAAACGAUACCAUACUAGUGAUAAGGCCUUUGUUUGUGAUUAUUGUAAUAAGGCCUUCUAUAGUUCCUCUUCUCUCAAAGUACAUAAACGGAUCCAUACAGGUGAGAAGCCCUAUGUAUGUGAUCAGUGUGGUAAGGCAUUUAAUGGGAAAGGUAAUCUUGCAAAGCAUAAACGAAUCCAUACAGGUGAGAAACCCUAUGUAUGUGAUCGAUGUGGUAGGGCAUUUAAUGAAGAAACUACUUUCAGUAGACAUAAACAAGCUCAUGCAAAUGAGAAGCGCUUUGUAUGUGUUCACUGCGGUAAGGCAUUUAAUCAAAUGCUAAAUCUAAGUAUACAUGAACGAAUCCAUACAGGAGAGAGAAAUUAUCUCUGUGAUCAAUGUGGUAAGGCAUUUUAUAGAGCUGAUCAUCUCAAAGCACAUAAAAGAAUUCAUGAUUCUGACAAACCCUAUGUAUGUAUUUAUUGUGGUAAGUCAUUUAAUUAUGCUUGUGGUCUAAAAUCGCAUAAACGAAUCCAUACCGGUGAAAAGCCCUAUGAAUGUGAUUUUUGUGAUGAGGCAUUUCGUCGAAGUAGUUAUCUCAAAAAACACAUUACAAGUAAGCACAAGUGAGAAGCCCAUUGCAUGUGAGUAGUGCGGUGAAGCUUUUGUUUCUUGAAAGCAAUCUCAGAAGACGUAUGCAAUUUCAUAAAGUUGAGAAGCCCUAACAGUAACAAUAUGGCAGGGCAUUUUGUCAUCAGUAAAAACAUGAACAAAUCCAUUCAGUGGAGAAACCCAAUGGUUCGAAUUCACAAAGGUAGUUUUGAAAACCAUAGGUUAAUGGUUUAUGCAGAUUUCCUGUAUAAAUUACACAUUUACUUGCAAAACACAAAUUUUCAAUGCUGAUGCAGGGUCCUACAGAAUAUUUUAGAAGCACUUGCCCAGUCGGGCAAGUAAAUUUUUAAAUAGUUGGAAUAUACUUGCCCAAAAAUCUAUUACAGUUUCCUGGAAAAAUCAUUGAAAAGAAAAGGUCUUACCACUUCAAAAGAAAAUUUUGCAGUUUUAUAAACCAUUGACCUUUUUCUCUCUUUGGACAUGAACUGAUCUAUUUUGUUAUUGCAUUUCUUUAUCUAAGGUGAUUUUAUUUUGCCUGCCAUGACCAAAAUUAAGGUCAAUAUUUCAUAUCAACCCUAAUUUGGUCAUUCUACUCUCAUUCUACAUUCUACUAAUAGAAUUUUGCUUGCCCAAUUCGGACAAUUAUUUUGGUCUGUACUUCAAAACACUUGCCGGACUUUAACUUUUACUUGCCCUGGGCAAUUGGGCAAGUGCUUUUGUAGCACCCUGGCUGAUGUGUGCUUUUCAGUGCACCAAAUUUACGCCUGUUGGCAUGGUUGAGUACGCUUGACUCCACUGAUUUAACAACAGACUCAUUGAUUCAUAACAGUUGACUCCUGAAUAAAGUAGUGUAUGUAUGUCAUCAAUGUCAGAAAUUAGAUGCUCAUCUUUCCUCACAAAACAUAUUCACAGACGUUUCUGAUGAAUACAGUUUGAACAUUUUUUAAUUUACACGACAUCAGAUAGAAGUGCAUCCUGUGGAAUAGUUUUUUGUGAAUCAGAAAAAAGAAAAAAGCUCUUGCAUGCUUUGUGGUUGAGAAGCAAUAUGCAUGUGAUCAGCAUUGGGAGACAGACCAAUUUGUAAACCGGUGUGUUGGCUCAGUUGGUAGAGCGUCCGUUUCAAAACCGGGAGGUCGGGGGUUCAAACCCCAGCCGCGUCAGACCAAAAGAUGUUAAAACAUGGGAGUUGCUGCUACCCUGUUUGCAUUCAACAAUUAAAGGGAUAGAGCCUCGUCGAUCUGGCGCUGUACAGGGGCUGCCGGGCCCACGAUCAAUUGGGCAAAGCAAAUUUUCAGAGUAUUUCAUUUCAUGUCAAUCUCGAAUAAUAAAUUAUGGAUUUCUCAUUUUCAUCAUUUUUCAGAUGUUAGAAUAAUUGUUUGUUUUAAAUUCGUAUUUAAAAAAAAGUUUGUAAAAAAAUCAUGUAAAAAUUAAAAAAAAUAGAAAAACAAUUAUACAAAUGCUGUUAAAAUAACUAAAAAAUAAAAUGCAAUGAAAGAAAAUAUGUCAGUGGCAACACGAAAAUCAUAAACAACAUUCUUAGUAUGAAAAAUGAUUAAUAUAAUUAAAUAUGAUUUUUGGUUAUCGGAUGGAAAAUCUAUAAAAGACAACAUUAUUAUUUUUUUUAUCACCAUUGGAAAGAAUCUUAACACCAGGUCAAGAAAGUGAUUCUUAUUUACGUCAUUUAGGGAAACCAAUUACAGGAUCUGUUUCUUUCCCCUCAUUUCUGCCAAAAUACUGUUUUGUCAUCUAAAAAUGGAAAAUCCCCAUGAUAUGACUGUAUUGAUAAUAGUAGGCCUAUAUUAAAACAGUGAUUAAUGUAUUAUGUAAACCUUCAUGCAAUACAUAUAAUUUUUGUUUUUAGAUGCCUCAUGAACUUUAAUAGUGCAAAUUACUUAGAAUUUUUAAAUCUUGGAUGAUAUCCUAUAUCUCUUAAGAAAUUAUCUAAAUUCAAUUUAAUCACACAUUUGCUUUUUCUAUUUUUUUUCUAUUUUAUUUGUACAUAUCUUUUAUGUCACUGUAUUUUCUCCCACUUUAAUUUGCUAAAAUUAGGGUCAAUCUUUUAAGUUUCUAAUUUACUUCUUUUGACCCUCCACAUUUUUAUAAUGUAUUUUGUAUUAUCUAUGGUUAUGCUCUGUGUAUACGUUAUAUUUGCUAUGAAUUGAUGUGCUUAUAGUGUAAAUGUUUCUUUUUUCAAACAUUUUUAUAGGAAUGUGAAAAAUAAACUGAACUUUAAUUUUGUGAUAAGACAUAUCUCACAUUCAAUAAUAUAUCAAUACGUAAUUGAUGUCAGUUUGCAGAGUUUAUCCUACCUUCAUCUUGAGAGUUAAGUCAUCAAUAUAGUUACUCCUGCGCUUUUGUUAUCUGUCAUCAAGUUAUCAUCAUCUUCAAUAAAUAUAUAUAAUAUGAA